AUGGGAAUGGAAAUGUCUGAACAGACCUAUGUUGGACAUUUUCCGUCCAUACUCAUCUCAGAUCCAGAUAUGAUUAAAGAGAUAUGGGUUAAAGAAUUCAAACAUUUUUCUGAUAGGCCAGAACUAGCAUACGCUGGUGAGAUGGCCUAUUCAGCAGUAACGCUGGCGAAGGGAGAACAUUGGAAAUUCCUUCGUCAUGUGCUUAGUCCAUCGUUUAGUCCAGCAAAGCUAAAACAGAUGUUCUCGUCAAUCAAAGAUUGUUCAGAUCAGCUUAUAUCUCAAAUCAAGAAACAGUCACAGAAACACAAACAUAUAAACAUGGAACAAAUAUGUCAGGGAUUUUCUAUGGAUGUUAUAUGUGGAACAGCCUUUGGCCUUAAAGUAGACUCACAAGAGAAUCCAAAUAAUGAAUUCAUCAAGAUGGCAAAAGAAAUGACAAGCUUGAAGUUCUCAAGUCCAUUAUUUCUCCUACAAGCAUUCUUCCCAGAACUACGUCACGUUUUCAGCAAGUUUGAAAUACGGCCUUUUCCAAGUGAUGCCCUACAAUUCUUCAUGGAUAUUACAAAAACUGCAAUCCAGAAAAGAAAAGAUAACAAAAUGACAAGGCCAGACUUUUUACAACUGAUGAUCAAUAAUUAUAAAGGAGAGAGUGACGCAGAUAUUAAGAAUGGUACCAUUGAAAUGUACAAGCAGCGAGGUAUAACAGAAACGGAAAUUCUGGCAAACUCCUUGAUUUUUUUCCUGGAUGGCUAUGACACAACUGCAUCAGGGCUAAUUUUCAGCAUUUAUCGUUUGGCUGUUCAUCAAGAUUUCCAGGAGCGAUUAUUCAAAGAAAUCGACUAUGAAAUAGGCAAGGAUUUACCACAAUAUGAACAAAUAUUGAAGUUACCGUACCUUGACAUGUUUUUCUGUGAGGUUAUGAGAAUGUAUCCACCAAGCACUAGAACAAACAGGAAGACUAUGAAAUCGGUAACCGUAAAUGGUUACAGAAUACCAGAUGGCGUUGAAGUCACUGUUCCUAUAUAUGCUAUGCACUACGACCCUGAACUAUGGCCGGAACCAGAAUCAUUUAACCCAGAAAGAUUUUCAGCAAUUAACAAAGAAAAGCGAAAUCCUUAUUCAUACAUGCCAUUUGGUCAUGGACCUAGAAAUUGUAUCGGAAUGAGGCUGGCAAAUUUGGAAACAAAAAUGGCGAUGGUUCGAAUAUUACAAAACUUCCAGUUAAAACCAACACCCGAUACAAAGAUACCAAUAGAGCUUGACAACACAUCUGGAGGAAUUCUCCGACCAAAGAAUCCAGUGUAUGUUAUGAUAGAGCCUCGCUAA